UUAUAUGCAUGAUUCAAUAAUUUCUAGCUAGUAUCCAAGAAAACAUGGUAAAUAAAAGCUCUUUAUGUAACCCGCCAUUGUGACCCAUUUAUUCAGAGACCUUAUAAUCUCUCUCUUCUCUCUCUGCACAGCAGCUCCAAGCUCCUCCCACCUCACAUGGCUUCCCCUCUCAAUGGCAGCAACAGGCUCUCCCUUGCCAUGGAGCGCACUGGCCAAUGGAUUUUCUCUCAAGAUAUCCCGUCAGAUGUUGUGGUUCAAGUUGGUGAAGCCAAUUUCUCUCUACACAAGUUCAUGCUUGUGGCGAAAAGCAACCGCAUAAGGAAACUGAUAAUGGAGUCAAAACAACCGGACCUAACGAGAAUCGAUCUCUCCGACGUUCCCGGAGGCCCGGAGACUUUCGAGAAGGCGGCCAAGUUCUGCUACGGCGUCAACUUCGAGAUCACAGUCCACAACGUCGCCGCCCUCCGCUGCGCAGCGGAGUAUUUGGAAAUGACCAAUAAGUACUGCGACAACAACCUCAUCGGCCGCACUGAAGAUUUCUUAUCUCAAGUCGCUCUCAUGAGCCUCUCCGGCGCCAUUGUCGUGCUCAAGUCCUGCGAAGACCUCCUUCCCAUGGCGGAGGACCUCAAAAUCGUACAGAAAUGCGUCGAUGUCGCCACUUCCAAGGUCUCAAUCGAAGCAAAAUUUCCGAGUCGAUCGCCGACGAAUUGGUGGACAGAGGAAUUGUCGAUUUUGGACAUUGAGUUCUUCGGCAGAGUUGUCUCCGCGAUGAAGCUGCGCGGCGGGAAAUCAUUGACCGUUUCCAGCGCUAUCAUAACUUACGCUGAGAAAUGGCUCCGAGAUAUCGUCCGAGACCGCUCUGGACCCGCCGCGAAAUUGGCCGCUUCGGACGACUCCGAACUGAGACUCCAACAACGGGAGCUUCUGGAAUCGAUCGUCGCGAUCUUACCAACUGAGAAAGCUGCUAUGCCGAUCAACUUCCUCUGCUGCCUUCUCAGAUCCGCGACCUUCGUCAAGGCGUCGAGCACUUGCAAGACCGAGCUCGAGAGGCGGAUCUCGUCGGUCCUGGAGCACGUGACCGUCGACGACCUCCUGGUGCUGUCGUUCACCUACGACGGCGAGAGGCUCUUCGAUCUCGAGAGCGUGAGGAGGAUUAUCUCCGAGUUCGUGGAGAAGGAGAAGAGCGUCGCGGUCUUCAACGCCGCUGAUUUCAGGGAGGUUUGCUCGGCGGAGAUGAUCAGAGUCGCGAAGACUGUCGACGCGUAUCUUGGUGAGAUCGCCACGUGUGUUGAGCUCAGUAUCUCGAAGUUCAACGGCAUUGCCAACCUCAUCCCCAAAGGCGCGCGUAAAGUCGACGACGAUCUCUAUCGUGCCAUUGAUAUUUACUUGAAGGCUCAUCCGAACCUUGAUGAGAUAGAGAGGGAGAAGGUGUGCAGCGUAAUGGACGCAUUGAAGUUGUCAUACGAAGCGAGAGUCCACGCUUCGCAAAACAAACGACUCCCAGUUCAAAUCGUACUGCACGCGUUGUAUUACGACCAGCUAAAGCUGAGGAGCGGGGUGGACGAAAAUGACGUGCAAGACGCAGUAACGACGAGGAGUCAGGUGCAACACGACGUGUCGUUGGCGAGGGAGAACGAGGAGUUGAGAACGGAGUUGUUGAAGAUGAAGAUGUACAUUACGGACCUGAAGAAGACUGGUUCUGUAGGGAUUGCAACGACGUCAUCUGGUAAAGGAGGUGGCGGGCCCAAAAAGGCCACAUUUUUCUCGUCUGUGUCGAAGAAAUUGGGGAAGUUGAAUCCCUUCAAGCAAGGGUCGAAGGACACAUCGAAUAUCAUGGAUGAGGGUGUGGAUCUAACCAAGCCUAGAAGGAGAAGGUUUUCUAUUUCUUAAUUAAUUAAGUCUUCGAGGGAGUUUUGGCGCAAUGGAAAUGUUGCUUUUUUUAUAACGGAAAGGUCACAGGUUCAAGUCGUGGAAAUUGCCUCUUUGUAAAACAAGAUAAGGCUGCGUACAAUAAGAGUUUCCCUGACUAUAAAAAAAUAGUGAUCUUGUUGGUUUGGACUCACUCUUUUAGUUAAUCUAAGUCUUUGCUUUUUGUGCUGAUGUUAAUUCUUGUUUUUUUUUUCCUUAAUCUUUUUAAUUUGUUGUUUUGUUGAGAUUUAUAUGUCUUAACUUUGGACUAUUUGGUCCAAUUGUGCAGCUACAAAUGUUCAUAUGUAGAAUAUAUAAUAUGAUUGGCAACAUAUGAAUUUUAAAAA